UCACUAAAAGUUUGACAUUUCAUUCUGAAAAUAAACAUUUCAUUAUAAUCUUGGUGUGUCUCUAAAAGCUUUAGUAAGUACUAGAAAAAAAGUAGUAAAUUAAAUAAUUGGAUACUGGAUGUUUAACUGAAAGUUGCAACCGAUGUCACAGUCUUCAAUAACUCGCCAAUCUCAUACUAGUAAUACAGGACAGAAAGAAGAACCUCCGUCCAAAGUACCUGAAUCAGUAAAGAAAAUAAUAGCUAUGGAAAAAGAGAACGAGUCAAAUGCCAACCGAAAAUCUAGAAUUGACUUAAACGCGCUUCCUACCCGCCAGUACCUGGACCAGACUGUGGUGCCAAUAUUGCUACAGGGUCUGUCGGCACUGGCUAAGGAAAGGCCUCCGGAUCCAAUCGACUACCUGGCAGCGUAUUUACUGAAGAACAAGAGCACCUUUGAGAGUAACAGCUCGUCGAAUAACAACCCGGCGGCGAACCCGCAACCAUAAUAUCUCCACAAGUUGUACGGCCCGAGUAUGCUGUGCAGUAAUAAUGUGCAUAUUGUAAUAGGUUUCAAAUUUUCGUUUUCAUCGUUGUGACAAAGACUUUUACAUCUUUUAAUAUGGCAAUAAUACAAUUUUCCUACUUAAUAGACAUAGCUAGUGAUAGGUCUAAAUAUUGUUAUAGCAGUUAGUUAAUGGACCGUUGGACACAGCAGGACUCUGUGGGAAUGGAACUACGUUGUGAACUACUUAAUAGCGUAUUGCUAGUCAAUUACUUGCUCAAGUGACCUGGCUGCUAGUACUACAUUUGUGUUUCAUAGUCAUUUAGAAUUGGUUUUCCGAACUAACAAUAAGAAAGUUUAUUCUCAAAGUUAUUACAGUUAAAGAAAUAUAGCUUUUUGAUAACAACUUUAUGCAUGUUAUUACAGUUUACAUAGUCUUAUGAUACCGCAGUGUAUAUACACCAGCCUUAUACAAUUAGAUCUUAACUAUAAAAUAAAAUAAUCAUUCAUUUCUCAAUGAUGGCACAAGAUAAGUUGAAUGUAGAAGUAAUUUUAUUUUGCUAUUUUAAUUAAAUAAUUAAGACUUGAA